AUGGCUAAGCGUCUAUUCGGAGCAACUCCUCGUAUUCUCUACUCACACACAACCAUCGCCUUUACAAGACGGAUCCUCGCACGCCCUGUGUCGACGCUCCCGGAAAUGCCUGAGCCUUGUGAUUUGUUCGACUACACGUCAGGACGAUGGAUCUAUAAUGACAAUUUGAGACAACGCGAGAGAAGACGAGUUUUCAACAUCUCUGAACUUAAGCGCCUUGCUGCCCUAGCUGUACAGCAGAAAAAAGCCGAUGUGAUCGAAUUCAAAAAACUUGCCGAGGGGGGCUUCAAUCGAAGUUUUCUGAUCACCAUGAGAGAUGGUUACCAAUUUGUUGCACGAAUUCCAUAUCCGGCUACCGAACCAAAAUACCUAGUGGUCGCGAGUGAAGUCGCAACGUUGGAUUUUCUACGUGCUCAUGGUAUCCCAGUACCGAAGGUUUUUGACUACUCCGCUGUUGCAGACAAUAGUGCGGGUACAGAAUACAUCUUCCUGGAGUAUGUCCAAGGAAAAAAUCUAGGGGAUGUUUGGUAUAGCUUGUCUGAACUUGAAAGAAGAGAAUUGGUUGCAAGAAUCGUGCAGCUAGAGUACCGUUUAUUCAGCUUGCGGUUUCCAGCAAGCGGAAGUCUCUACUACUGCAAUGAUUUGCCAGAUAAUUACCCCCGUGUCAAUUUUCCAAGCCCAGAAUCGACCCAACGCUUCUGCAUCGGUCCUGAUACUUCGCUACGGUUGUGGUAUGGCAAGAGACUUAACUUGUCUGUUGAGCGCGGACCUUACCGAGAUCCUUUGGCAGUUCUUACUGCCGGUGCCGAAAAAGAGAUGGCUUAUCUUGAGAAGUUCGGGCGACCUCUUCAGCCAUUCCAGCGACUUCGCCGGGAGGUUUACGACUACCAGCCUCAGUCCCAUUUGGAACAUGCUGUGGCUCUUAAAAAAUACCUUCAAAUUGCACCUUACCUUAUUCCACAUGACUGCCCGGACCUUCAUCGCCCAGCCAUACGGCACCCCGAUCUUCAACCAAACAACAUAUUUAUCACUGAUGACAUGGAAGUCAAGGGGUUAAUUGAUUGGCAACACAGCACGAUUUUGCCAUUAUUUUUGCAGUGUGGUAUUCCAGAGAGUCUACAAAAUUAUGGCGACGAGAUCUCAGAAUCACUACAAUUUCCGACUUUGCCGAACAAUUUCGAUGAAUUGGAAGAAAUAGAGCAAUUUCAGCAAGCAGAACUCCUGCGCAGGCGUCAGCUCCACUAUUAUUAUGUCAAGCUGACAGCAGAAAGAAAUCCUGAGCAUUACGAGGCCCUGACUCUUCAUUUAAGUACCUUGAGGCAGCGGCUUUUCCAUCAUGCAAGUGACCCUUGGGAGGGUGACAAUAUGACCUUGACAGCCGAUUUAAUUGCACUGUCUAGGAAGUGGACAGACUUGACUCGAGAUGCGAGGACACCUUGUCCGAUUUCUUUUUCAGACGACGAAUUGACCGAAUGUCUACGGCUGGAUCGCGCACAAUCUGAAGCAGACGAGCAAUUCCAUGCUUGCCAAGAAGCGAUUGGCGUUGGGCAUGAGGGCUGGGUGCCCCUAGCAAACUACGAUGAGGCGAAAAGAAACGAAAGAAAACUGAAAGUAGACGCUCUUGAUGCUGCCGAAACAGAAGAGGAGAAAACAAGAAUCCAAGAAAACUGGAUUUUUGACGACUUUUGUGAGGAAGAAUACAUGUAA